AUGGCGCUCGCCAGCGCGUGCGCCGCCCUCGGCCUGCGCCUGGACGACGACCCGAGCGCGUCGGACGUGAACAAGGCGUACAAGCGUCUGGCGCUGAAGACGCACCCGGAUAAACGGCCGGCGAGCGAGCGCGCGCGGGCGCAGCGGGAGUUUGAUGCGAUACAAAAGGCGCGCGACGCGUUGUUGGACGUCGACGCCCGGCGGGCGCUGGAGGGACGACGACGGGCGCGCGAGGGACGACGACGGGCGAACGAGGGGGCGGAGGCGAAGCGGCGACGGGCGAUGGAUGAUUUGGAAUCGCGCGAACGCGCGGCGGCGGGUCGAGAGGGGGGCGCGGCGGCGGACGCGGCGCGCGGGCGUCUGCGCGAGGAGUUGGCGCGCGCGCGGCGUCGACGCGAACCAGAAGGGGCGCGCGAGAGGGGUGGGGACGAUCACGCCGGCGGGGACGAUGGGCGGGACGGUGGUGCGGCGACGACGACGGCUGAACGCCUCCAUCGCGCGCUGAAGGUUGUGUGGCGCAGGGACGGCGACGGCGACGCGGAUGCGUACUCCGCCAAGGCGCUGCGAGGAAUAUUCGAGGCGUUCGGCAUCGUCGAGGACGUCGUCGUGCGGGAGGGUAAGAAGAAGAAAGGAAGCGCGCUCGUUGUGUUUGAAAACGUCGAGGCGUGCGAACGCGCGGCGCGCGCGUCGUGUGGACGCGUGAGUAAUCCGCUCGUGACGACGCGCGCGGCGACGCCUCGGGCGGGCGACGACGCCCCGAGCGGCGCGACGGCUUCAGUGGACGACGCCGCGAGGACGGAAACGACACAGCGGGACGCCGCGCCGGUGGGCGCCGCGAAUCUUGAUUUCGAGAGCGCCGUCCUGGAGAGACUGAAGCGCGCGCAGGAGAGAGCGCGUCUCGUCGCCGAGGCGGAGGCGGAGGACGACGCGACGUAG